GUAGCCAUUUUGGUCCCACCUAAAACAGACAGACCAGCUUCACUUUGGGCCGUCGGAGAUGGAAGAAACCGAGUCGACGGCGAGUAUUUCAGCCACACAAACCGUCUGAAUCCCUCCGAGAAAUAUCGACCGGUGACACUCGACGCCAUGGCUUGUUUUUAAACAGUUGUUUUGCGGGGGGAAAAUAAGCCUGGGGUUUUUUUUUUUUUUUUUGGAAGUGGCGACCGACAGCGCCUUAACGUUAGUUUAGUUAGCUUCACUGACUCAAAACCCAAACGGCAGUGAUUUCGUUCGCCUGCCGAGUUGAACGCGGGUUAUGAACGGGUAUGUACGCGCCAUGUAAAUACUGAACAUAAGCUUAUCAUGCGCUUUAGUGAGGUUUUAUUUUAUUUUUAUUUUUUAUUUUUCCCCUCGGUCCCUAACAGUUCAGGUGCUCGGCUCUAACGCGUCCGGUCUGGUUUGAAAAUUGUCACGAUCCAUGCUGAGACUGUUUCCCCGGAGAGAGCUGCAAAGCAAAGCAAUAAUCUAAUUUUUCCGGCUGUCUUAACUGAAGAAGGUGGACAUCAGACGGCGACUCGUGGAAGAAGGACGAAUAAAAGAUGUCAACAAAAACUCCUUUGCCUACGGUCAACGAGAAGGUGACGGAAAGUCACACAUCUCACAGUAAUGGGCGUCAGGAGAUCAGCACGCGCUCGGCCCGGACCGGCGUGCGAUCCCGCAGCUCCGAGGAGCCGCAGCAGCCCCACGUAGGCAACUACCGGCUGCUCAAAACCAUCGGCAAGGGCAACUUCGCCAAGGUCAAACUGGCCCGACACAUCCUCACCGGCAGAGAGGUGGCAAUUAAGAUAAUAGACAAGACGCAGCUGAACCCAAACAGCCUUCAGAAGCUCUUCAGAGAAGUUAGAAUAAUGAAGAUCUUGAAUCAUCCCAAUAUAGUGAAGCUUUUUGAAGUGAUUGAGACGGAGAGGACGCUCUACCUGGUGAUGGAGUACGCCAGUGGAGGAGAGGUCUUCGACUACCUGGUUGCACAUGGAAGGAUGAAGGAAAAAGAGGCCAGGGCUAAAUUUAGACAGAUUGUAUCGGCGGUGCAGUACUGCCACCAGAAGCACAUUGUUCACAGAGACCUCAAGGCUGAGAACCUGCUCCUCGACGCAGACAUGAACAUCAAGAUCGCAGAUUUUGGCUUCAGCAAUGAGUUCACUAUGGGCAACAAGCUGGAUACGUUCUGCGGCUCUCCGCCGUACGCAGCGCCGGAGCUUUUCCAGGGGAAGAAGUACGACGGGCCGGAGGUGGACGUCUGGAGUCUGGGGGUCAUACUGUACACGCUGGUCAGCGGCUCGCUGCCCUUCGAUGGACAGAACCUCAAGGAGCUGCGGGAGCGUGUGCUCAGAGGGAAGUACCGCAUCCCUUUCUACAUGUCCACAGACUGUGAGAACCUCCUCAAACGUUUCCUGGUGCUCAACCCGGCCAAGCGGGGUACUCUCGAGGUGAGGGAGGACGCAGAAAAUCAAAUCAUGAAGGAUCGAUGGAUCAAUGCAGGAUUUGAAGAGGACGAGCUCAAGCCUUACACUGAACCAGAGCUGGACAUCACGGACCAGAAGAGAAUAGAUGUGAUGGUGGGGAUGGGCUACAACCUGGAGGAGAUCCAGGACUCUCUGGCCAAGAUGAAGUAUGACGAGAUCACAGCCACCUACCUGCUGCUGGGCAGGAAGGCCUCGGAGCUGGAGCCCAGCGAGUCGGCCUCCAGCAGCAACCUGUCUCUGGCCAAACCGAGACCCAACAGCGAGCUCAAUGGCCAGUCGCCCUCCCACCUCAAAGUCCAGAGGAGCGUCUCCUCCAACCACAAACAGAGGCGUUACAGUGAACAAGUCGGUCAGAACGUCCCUCCAGGGAUGGCUCAUCCAAAGAGGAGUCAGACCACCACAGCGGAGAACAGCGGGAAGGAAGAAGGUGGAGUCCAGCUCCGUAAACCCACGACCCCAGGGAGCCGCGGGGCUCCCCCCUCCAGCCCUCUGCUGGGCAACGCCAACAACCCCAACAAGGCCGACAUCCCUGACCGCAGGAAAGGCGCCACCACGGCCCCGAGCAAUAACACUGCAUCGGCAGGUAUGACCAGGAGGAACACCUAUGUCUGCAGUGACAGGAACAACACAGACCGCCUCUCCGUCAUUCCCAACGGGAAGGAGAACAGCAUGACUGAGAUGGCUUGUGCCACUAGCCCCUCCUCCGCCUUUGCGGCCGCUGCGUUCGGUGCCUCGUCCAGUUCGGUGCGGCUGAGGUAUCAAACCGUCGGCCCUUUGUACGUUUGCCAGGCAGGCUGGGCCACGCUGCCCCACUCCUACUACGCUCUGGACUACUGCUCGCCCAACAGUGUCGCCGUGUCGCCCAGCAGCCAGAGGAACCCGGUGGCGUCGAUCCACAGCAUCGCCAACGCCACCACACCUGACCGACUGCGCUUCCCACGAGGCACCGCCAGCCGCAGCACCUUCCACGGGGGCCAGCUGAGAGACCGCCGCACGGCCACGUACAACGGGCCGCCGGCCUCGCCCACCCUCUCCCACGAUGCCACCCCUCUCUCUCAGACCCGCAGCCGCGGAACCAGCAACCUUUUCUCCAAACUCACCUCCAAACUCACCCGCAGAAACAUGUCAUUCAGGUUUACCAAAAGGGUCAGUAUUGACCCGGCCAAACGGCAGACGGCCAAAACAGGGCCUGCCGUCCCUUCUACCCAGGGAGGAAAGACCCUUAAGUCUCAACCGAGUUUGAGAGAAACGGGAGACUUGAGGGCUCAAGUCGCCAUGUACCUGGGGAUCAAAAAGGGGAAAAUAAAGACAGUAAACCCCGCUCCCUCAGAUUCACUUGGAGUAUGAGGACCACCAGCUCCAUGGAGCCUUGUGAGAUCAUGCGGGAGAUUCGCAAGGUGCUCGAUGCCAACAGCUGCGACUACGAACAGCAAGAGAGUUUCCUGCUUCUUUGCGUCCACGGGGACGGGCAAGCCGAAAACCUGGUCCAGUGGGAGAUGGAGGUUUGCAAGCUGCCCCGUCUCUCCCUCAACGGCGUCAGGUUCAAACGGAUAUCCGGAUCAUCCAUCGCUUUCAAAAACAUUGCUUCCAAAGUUGCCAACGAGUUAAAGCUAUGAACAAAAGGGUUUAAAAGUAUACAUAUAUAUCUAGAAGUAUUUAAGCUGUACAAUCAUCCAAGUAGCAGUUUCCAAAUGUCUCCUUUUUUUAAACAAAAUACAGAGUAUGUAUUGAAUAUUAUAAUGUAUAGAUUAAGGCUUUUGGCAAUAAUCACUGAAUUACUUACUAAUAUCUCAGUCUAUUCUGGCCACAUGGGGUCGACAUUAACGAGUUGAAUAUGAUUUGUCAUGCUGUGAAUGUGGACAAAAAAAAAAAACAUUUCUAGUCUUAUUUAUUUCUUGUUUUUGUUUUUCUCUCCUGGAAAAAGUAAAAAAAUUUACGUAGCGUUUUUUUGUUUUCAGUGUAAAUAAUAUAUCUUACUUUCAAGACGGCUUCACUGCAAUACUCAUUUUGUUUUUUUUGUUUUUUCUUUUUGUAUUUCGUUUAAAAAAAAUAUAUAUUUAAAAAAAAAAAAAAAAAAAAGUAGAGAUGACGGGGAGUCCGUGUAAACGCUCACGUGGUUAAGGGUCACUCAUGUCUCAAUUAAAGUGUCUGUCAACUUGAACGCCCCCCCCCCGUCUCACGCUGAUCAUUUGUAUCCGGACACAGUCGAGAUGAAAAUAUAAAAAUGUUUGCUUCGA